UGCUUUUCAUAUAGGGUGUUGCUUUGCUUAGAUAUCACUCUUGUUUCAAAAGUACUACUCUACUCUGUUCUAAUUUUCCAGAGUCGGUAAUCUUCUUCCAGGUUCUUAUUGAUGUAGUCACUAAUAGGAUUGUUGGUAUUAAUUUGGAAAUAAUGCCAGCUACAUGCUUGGUGGCUAUUGGCAGAAGAGGUGACAUUGCAGGUCAGCUAAGCAGCACUAGAAACGCUUUGAUCUAAUCUAUACCAAGCCAGAGCUGGCUAUUCUAACAAGAGAGGCUGGUGAGGUCUCUUUCUCUAUGGGAUGCUGAUUCUCUUCCAGAGAGCACUGAGGACAGCAUGGCAGUGGCUUUGGAUGCAAUGCUGGCUCGGGUCAAGGAUGUGUGUAAAAGAAAUGGUUUGCUCAUUCUCUCCGUGUUAUCCGUCAUAGUGGGAUGUCUCCUUGGGUUCUUCCUCAGGACCAGACGCCUCUCUCAGCAGGAAAUAAGCUAUUUCCAGUUUCCUGGGGAGUUACUGAUGAGAAUGCUGAAAAUGUUGAUUCUACCACUGGUUGUUUCAAGCUUAAUGUCUGGGCUAGCAGCCCUCGAUGCGAAGACAUCUAGUCGAUUAGGCAUCAUAACAGUCACAUACUACCUUUGGACCACUUUUGUGGCUGUUAUUGUGGGAAUCAUUAUGGUCUCCAUUAUCCAUCCUGGUGGGGCAGCCCAGAAGGAGAACACGGAGGAAAGUGGGAAGCCAAUCAUGAGCUCUGCAGAUGCCUUGCUGGACUUAAUUCGGAACAUGUUCCCUGCCAACCUUGUUGAGGCCACUUUUAAACAGUACCGAACCAAAAGCACCCCGAUUGUGAAAGCCAACAAAGCUGCGUCUGAAAGCACCACACGCCGAAUCAUUAUCUACGGGGUUCAGGAUGAAAAUGGAUCCAACAUCCAGAAUUUUGCCUUGGACAUCACACCACCACCCGAAGUUAUCUACAAGUCAGAACCAGGCACCAGCGAAGGCAUGAACGUGUUGGGGAUUGUAAUAUUCUCUGCUACCAUGGGAAUAAUGUUGGGGAGGAUGGGCAACAGUGGCGUUCCCUUGGUUAGCUUUUGCCAGUGCUUAAAUGAAUCUGUCAUGAAGAUAGUGGCUGUUUCCGUAUGGUAUUUUCCAUUUGGAAUAGUGUUCCUUAUUGCUGGUAAGAUCUUGGAAAUGGAUGAUCCAUCAGCCAUCGGGAAGAAGCUAGGCUUUUACGCUAUUACUGUGGUUUGUGGCCUGGUGGUACAUGGACUUUUUAUUCUGCCAAUGACAUACUUCUUCAUCACCAAGAAGAACCCCAUUGUUUUCAUCAGAGGGAUUCUUCAAGCCUUGCUUAUUGCUCUGGCCACCUCAUCCAGCUCAGCCACUCUGCCUAUAACCUUCAAGUGCUUGUUAGAGAAUAACCAUGUGGACAGGAGGAUUGCCCGAUUUGUGCUCCCAGUGGGGGCAACAAUCAAUAUGGAUGGGACCGCCCUUUAUGAAGCAGUAGCAGCUAUUUUUAUUGCUCAAGUAAACAAUUACGAGCUGGACUUUGGGCAGAUCAUCACCAUAAGUAUCACAGCAACUGCUGCCAGCAUUGGUGCAGCUGGAAUCCCGCAAGCUGGCCUUGUGACUAUGGUUAUCGUUCUUACAUCAGUGGGGCUUCCUACAGAUGAUAUCACUCUAAUCAUUGCAGUCGACUGGGCCUUAGACAGAUUCCGAACAAUGAUCAACGUUCUGGGGGAUGCUCUGGCUGCUGGAAUCAUGGCUCACAUCUGCAGAAAAGAAUUCACCAAGGAUGGGUCUGAGGUGCCUUUGAUCUGUGAAACAAAACCGAUCAGUAUCCACCAGAUCAUGGCUUACCAGAGAAAUGGCUGUGUGAAGAACAUGAAUGAGCCUCAUGGACCUGAACCAUCAAAGACAUUCCAGCAUCAAAUACCUGUUCAAGUGGAGCAAGAAGAAAACCCGACAGAAACUCAUACAGAGAAAUCUAGCAGUAAGGACCACUGCACUAUUGAAAUCAAUGAACUGGAGACAAAUGUGUAACUGUUAUUCUGGAGGUAUUUGAAACCUAAUGACUACCUCACAGCUGGAAUUGGGAGACAGCCUUUUGCCUUGAAUGGGAAAACAUGGAAGGACUGCCAUGUGCAAACUACGGCUGUGAGGCCAGCUGUGAACAUCUGUGAAGAAGAAGAAAGAAGGCUUCAACAAGUUUGGGGGUUUUUCAGCAGCUUGGUUGGUUUUGGUACAAAGGAACUGAUCAGUGGACAACUUUGGUUUACUCUAGGCAACCUUAUGUGACUCUGCUUAUGAUGCUCUUUAAAAGAACUCUAACCCCUUUAAAAUGAUUCAUAAGAGCUCACCAUCUCACUGUCCUCCUAAUCGUGAAGAUAACGUCAAUAUUCACAAUUCCUUUAUUUCACUGAACAGCUUCAAAAUUAACAUUAGCCUCAAACAGUAAAACUUUUGCAUUCAAUUAACAGGGCAACAAAUCAAAAAGGCAUUUAUCUUAGCAAAAGGCCAAAGUAAUAAUAUUUCCCAUUUGAAAUGGGACGUCAUUAUUAUAAACCUUACAAAAUUAAAUAUGUUUGCACAUGGCAACAUCAGCUCAUGGAGUCUUCCCUCUCCUCCAGAGAUCAUGAUCUCUGCAAGGAGAUCAUAAGCAUGUGCUUUCAUUUUCAGCCAGCUGCUGAUUGUCAUUAUAUGCAAACCUUGACAAACUGUGGUUAGGGUUUGCUAUGGUUUACUGAAAGAACUCAACUUUAAACCAUGGUUAUUGAUCCUGGCUUAUUUCAAUAAUUGAUAGGAAUGCUAACCACAGUUCCUGGUUGGGACAUAAAAACAAACCACGGUUAAUUUAAAAUGGAGGGGGAUGCUUCCCAUCUCCUCCUCGUAGCAUGCCAGAGGAGGAAAGAGAAGACUCAUAUGAUUCAUGUGUGUCAUAUGAAACAGUGGUUCGUGUGAAUCACGCCAGUAAGUUAUUAUGUAGCAAACCACUCUGAAUUGCAAUUUAACUCUCCAUGCUAUCCAUUAUUCUGUUGAAAUAUUAGUCUCUCUGUACUCAGGUUGACUCACUAUUCUGUGAGAGGAAUUCAAGCACUCUAGAUUUGUGCAGUUAAAGUGGUUUAAAAGGACCACUUCACAUCAAAUCCAUUUUUUAAAAAAAGAAUCAGACCCUUUGCAGUUUGGAAACUGACAGAAAUGUAUUGAAAAGUGAGGGACGAACAAAUGACUAAUGGGAAGAUGUAUAAAUAUCGUGACAGCAAAUCAGGAUGAAUGCAGGACUGAUACUCAUUGUUGUAUAACUGCCCUGCAAAUAAAACAGAAUGAAUACUCAAUAAAGGCCAGUUAUAAUCUAACCUCUGCAUAAGCUUUGUGCAAGCAAACUCAAUAAACUGGUUUUCUAGAGGAGCCCUAUGGCAAUUUCAUUGCAUUUCAGUAGCUGCAUUCUCCUGUAUCACCGUUGGCUGUGAUGGUAAUGACUGAGUACAAAAAAGGGGUCUGUGCAAAUCAGGGAUUCUCAAAAUCCUUUUCUCUUUUACUUCUUUUGCAAUACAGAGUGUUUGAUACUUGGCUAAUCUUUUUUUAAAGUUUUCAUGUGUAUGUUGCCAUGUAUAUUACCUUUUUGGAACUAAUGAGAAGGUUGUUUGUUUGUUUCUUUAAUGAACCUGUUAUUUGGAAGAGAUUCUCAAAGGUAGGCAUUAAGUUUGUCUACAAAUAUCCCAUCAUGUUUGCCUUCCAAGUGCCAGAUGCAUGUGCUUCUCUUCUUCGUUUUUCUUCGUUUAAAAAAAUCUUGUUCCAUUCUAUAACAGCAUCCACAGCAUCUAGACUGCAGGAGUCCAGACACACACACAAAACCUGGUGCUACAGAAGAGUACGUAACGUUCUCUUCUUUGUAUAGACUGUAUAUAUACCAUGACGUUUAUGGCCCAGAUCCUUUGACUAAUAUAGAGCUUGUGGUCAGAGAGCAGACUAAACAUAGGCUGGGAUCCAGUGUACAUGACUGGCACAUUUUCAUUGUAAUGCUGUCCUCACUUCCAUAGUAAAUGUUCUUGUGAACUCCCAUCCUUAAACUUGUUUUUCUGAAUUAAUAACCAUGCUCCACACACACACACACACACACACACACACAGCUAGACCUUCAGCUCCAUUCCAAGUAUCCAGCCACACAUUCCUGUGCUUCUAAUAAUGGGAAUGGAAGUCGAAGCAGCUUGAAGGAUGGGGGAAGACUGUGGCUGUUGAAUAGGCUAUGCCAAUUUCUCAGUCUAAUUGGCAGAAGGUUAUUAGAGGCAGCCAAGACUCCCAUAGUCUUGUUGCACAGAAGAUGGAAUUGAUUCUACACUGAGAGCUAGUGUGAUGUAGGGAUUGUAUUCAAGUGACUUUUACUCAGAGUAGGCCCAUUGAGAUUAAUGACCAUAUCUAACUUAAUUUCAAUGGGUUUCUUCCGAGUAAAAGUUAGGUGUCUACAACCCUGGGAUUGUGACUGAGGAGAGUCGGGUUA